AACCUGGGGCUAGUUUGACCGUCUCGCUUAAAGUGAAACCUGGCAGGACCCCAGCAAAAAAAAAGUGAAUAAAGAAAACCCUCCCUAGGCCAGGAUGUUGUUUUUGGCCACGUCAGGCCAAAUUGGAGCCCGACGAGUUGUGACUGUGACUCGAGGGAGAUUUUUGAAGGAUGGCAGGUGCCCAUUUACCUGUUUGCCAGAAUUACUCCCCAGGACCAGAAACACGGGCCAGUCCCAUUCCUGCUCCUUCUCAAACCACUACAGAUGCUUUAGUGCCACCUCUGCUCAUUGGAAUGCUUCAUCAUCACCUACAGCCAAUCAGAAGACGCCGUCCUACAGUUAUAUCAUUAUUGGGGCAGGGUCAGCGGGCUGCGUCCUUGCCAACCGUCUCAGCGAGGAUUCCCAUGAGUCUGUGCUGCAGCUGGAGGCCGGGCCUAAGGACAUGACGCUAGGCAACUUACGACUCUCAUGGAAGAUCCACAUGCCGGCUGCGCUGACCUACAACCUCUGCGAUGACAAGUAUAACUGGUACUACCACACAUUACCUCAGGCCCACAUGGACAACCGGGUAAUGUACUGGCCAAGGGGCCGUGUCUGGGGCGGGUCCUCUUCACUCAACGCCAUGGUGUACAUUCGUGGACAUGCUGAGGACUACAACCGCUGGCAGAGAGAGGGGGCAGAGGGCUGGGACUACGAUCACUGCCUGCCUUACUUCAGGAAAGCUCAGUGCCAUGAGCUGGGAGAAAACAGGUACCGGGGAGGCAGCGGACCUCUUCAUGUGUCCAGAGGGAAGACCAACCAUCCCCUUCACAAAGCUUUUAUUGAGGCAGGGCAGCAGGCGGGAUACCCCUUCACUGAUGACAUGAACGGACAUCAACAGGAGGGCUUGGGCUGGAUGGACAUGACCAUUUAUAAAGGAAAGAGGUGGAGCACAGCCAGUGCCUACCUGAGACCUGUCCUGGGUCGACCCAACCUUAAGACAGAGGUGCGCUGCCUGACUACCAAGAUCCUGUUUGAUGGCAACCGUGCUGUGGGUGUGGAAUACACACAGAAAGGACAAAAGAAACGUGCGUUUGCAGGAAAAGAGGUGAUAUUAAGUGGCGGAGCCAUCAACUCCCCUCAGCUUCUCAUGCUGUCUGGGGUAGGAAACGCUGAUGACCUGAAACAACUCAGCAUCCCUGUAGUUCAGCACUUACCAGGUGUUGGCAGUAACCUGCAGGAUCAUUUGGAGCUGUACGUCCAGCAGCAGUGCACUCAGCCCAUCACCCUGUACAAGGCCCAGAAACCUUUCCACAUGGUCAAGAUAGGCCUGGAGUGGCUCACAAUGUUCACCGGUUACGGAGCAACAGCCCACUUGGAGAGUGGAGGGUUCAUCCGCAGUCGGCCACAUGUCACACAUCCCGACAUUCAGUUUCACUUCCUGCCCUCGCAGGUCAUCGACCACGGACGAGUUGCUUCCAAGAUUGAGGCAUAUCAGGUUCAUGUCGGACCAAUGAGAAGCACCAGUAUCGGCUGGAUGAAGUUGAAGAGCGCCAACCCUUUGGAUCACCCAAUUCUCCAGCCAAACUAUCUCUCCACUGAUAUUGACGUGUGGGAGUUCAGGGAGUGUGUCAAACUCUCCAGAGAGAUAUUUGCCCAGAAGGCCUUCGACCCGUUCCGUGGUCCCGAAGUUCAGCCCGGUCCUCAGGUCCAAUCCGACGCCGACAUCGACGCUUUUGUCCGGCGAAAAGCUGACAGUGCCUACCACCCAUCCUGCACCUGCAAGAUGGGCUCGCCAUCCGACCCAAUGGCGGUCGUUGACUCGAACACGCGUGUUCUGGGUCUGGAGCACCUGCGCGUGGUCGAUGCCUCCAUCAUGCCCAGUGUUGUCAGCGGCAACCUGAAUGCUCCCACCAUCAUGAUUGCAGAGAAGGCCGCUGACAUCAUCAGAGGUCGCCCUCCUCUCGUCGACGCCGGGGUUCCUGUGUACCAACCGCCGACACUUGAUAAGCAGAGAUGAACUGAGAGAACGAGUAAGGGGUAAACAGUUCACCACACAAUCCGUCAUUAGACAACAACAGCAGUGAAGAGGUUCAGAUGAAUGAAUAAUGUGUGUGUUGUCUCUUCAACGCACCUGAUUUGCACACAAAAGCUAAUAUCAGUGUUAGAUGUUUAGGUUUACUGUAAUUAUGAAGGGCUGAUCUAUGCUAUCGUAAUCCAAGGCCAAAUACACAGUUUACACGUAAAACGUAGGAUUAGGAAAGUCUCUGUCACUUCAAUAUUUUUUCAGUGAUGGGUUUUGGUCUAAUUUUCCAUUCCAAAUUACACGUCUUUACUAAUCUUCACCACAAAAUGACCAGUUGUAAAUCAGCUAGUCAUGCCUUGUUACCUUGAAUUCAUGAAGAAAAUGUUUUUCUCGCAUGCCUCCACAGAAAGCGGCGAACAUAUUGAUUUGAGGAUUGAUUGGGGACUAAGUUUAAAAUGUAUUCGUAUACUGAAUAUACUGCACAAGUUGUGAGAGAGUUUGUAAGUGGCAGUCUAAACAAUGUUUUCUUCAUGAAUUCAAGGUAAGACCACAUGACUGAUCGAUAUACACGUUUAUUUUGUGGGUGCAGUAUUCCUGUAAAGCUAAUGUGAUGAACACUUCCCCUGCAUCAUUGCUCUGAUGUAGAAAAUGAUAGUCAGCUGUGUGCUGGUGCUCCACUAUGGUCCAACAUAGUUGCCGGGAAAAAUGCUGCGCAAUUACAGUAUAUAUAUUUGCCUGGCCUCACCUUGUUGACCAAGGACAAUACAUCAACUCUGACAUGUUGGCAUAUGUGUCUUAGAAAGUACACAUCUUCAUAAGUCUUAUAAAAACGAAAGCAAAGCCUUAAACCCUCCUUCCCAUUAAACUAACAGUGCUUAGAUUACAUUUCAUACCCACUCUGAGAUGGACCAUGGCAAGGUUUCAGGUUAGAUUCCACAGCACAUUAACAGUUUCACAGUGGAAAGUUUUUUUAUGCCUGUCACAACACAACACUUAAGAGUGAAUCUUAAUGAAGCCAUUCAUGUCAGUCACAGUGGAGUGGAGUUCUGUGGGAAAUGGGACAAGUAUUGACAUGAAAAAUAUGUUUUUUUAAUCCCACUUUGUUCUCGUCAGCCAUCAUAGGCUGUCUGUUCAUCAAAUUUAGUUCACAGCUGCAGUCGAGAGCCAAAGUCUUACGAAGGUGAUCAUUACUCUUGUUGUCUGUUUAUCAGCAACCUGCAGACUGUUUACCUAAACAGCCUCAGCAGCACCUGUUGUUUUGUCUGUGAGAUCAGUUGUCACCAAGGUAAUUGCUCUUUUGCAGACCCCUUGAUAAAAAAUGAUUUUUGUUGGUUUGUUGCACACGAUUUGAAUCAGCGAAGGGACUAUAAAAACCAGAAGGGUAGAGUUAAAUUAACUGGUAGCAAACAAGAGUAAUUAAACAUCUGGUCUUGUUUCACAGUAGAGGCUAACACAGGUAGUAAAGCCAACAAACAACAGUACGCUUAUGAAUUCCAAGGAAUGCCAUGAUUCCCCCCCCCCUCCCUGUUGAGGCUGAUGUUCAUCAAGAGACAUGCAUUCGAUGAGAAGGAAUCUUUGCAUCAGUGCAGGAAACACACCCACUUUAAAACAUUAUGAAAGACUUACAGUAAGUAUUUACAGGUUUUUGGCAAUACAGGAAUACCACAACCCAGACAUUUUCAAGAAGGUGGGGAGGGAGACUGCACGGUCUAACAACUGUUUGGAAUCUUUGAACAAAUCCUGUUGUUAUGCAAAAAAGCAAACUGGCACAAGCAGCUCAGUCUGUUUCACUUUUCCAUGUUUUGGUGUGAUUAACAAUACGUUAGGGCACAUUAAUCACAGUAUACAUGGCUGCACGUAAACAUGAAUAAUAGUGGAACAUUCAUUUCAUUAGUCAUGUAACGAGCUUAGUUGGAAUAUUGUCCUUUUCGCAAUAAGGGAAAAACCGGAAUAUUGUGCGCAUGUAAACAUAGUCAUACAGAUGAAGCUAAUAUGGAAGUGAGCGCAGCAUCAACAGCAACCUGCCAACGUUAUCACAGCUCACAGCUUUUAGUUUCCCUCUGGUUCAGGCCAGUCUGGUAGCUGUUUCAUCUCAGGAGAAAUACAUGCAAAUUACAGCUCAGCGUAUCUGGCUAGUGCAGAUCUUAAGUUUAAAUACUCUGAAGUUCUAGAAACUACAAAAAAAAAAGAAGUUAAUUCUACUCGUGUUGAAUGUAUCAUGGAUGUUUCCAAAGAAGCCAUUGAGGAUGAGUGUGUAUAACCAAUCAGAUAACACCAUCCGUGCCUGUGUGAUCAUUCAGUCCUGAUAUCAGUGAGUUACUGUGUGUGUGUACCGUAAUAACUGAUAAUGUGUGUUCGUUCAGUCCAGCCAAGACUCACAGCACGUUUAUGUUGAAUAUAUUUUAGAAUUCACUGAUCAUCUCAAUUUAAAUUCACUUUAUUAUCAGCUGUAAUGCUGCUAGGUGCUAGAACGAAAAUGACUGUGUCUUAUGUAGCUUUGCACUACUCUAUGAAGUAUCUUCAUGACAGUGAAAAUUAUUGUUUACAUUAUACGCAGCGUUGUACAAUACUACUCCAAUGUUUAAAUCAUUAGUGUCUUAAUGAAGGAGUAACUUGUGGAUCAUGAAGGGAAAAUGUUUAUGAAAAAUCUUGCAUGUUUUAUGUUUGCAUGUUUUGAUGUUUUCUUGUACUGAUUGUAAACAAACACUAGAAGCCGUCCUGACCUUGUCCUCGUGACUUUAUUCAGUGGUCCUUACAAAAAUCCUCAGCAGGUUCAUUGUCAAGAAUUCAAAUGUACAAAACAGGGUUUUUGUUUCCCAGUGGUACAAAAUCUAUAAGGUACUAGUACUUCUGCUACAAAGUGGAUAGAGCUAUUUUUUUUUAAAUUUCCAUACAACAAAUGGGUAGAAAGCAGAAAUCUUUAUCACUCACUUUUUACAAACACUGUACAGAUUGUACACAUUGUCGGUUUUAUAGACAUCUGUAAAGCAGUGGAACAGUACAAAAAAUAAAGCUGUCAGUUGCACAACAAA